AUGUCAGACUCGGAAGCAAGCUCGAAUAAGGAACGAGAGGACAUCAGUCUUGGAAAUCCAACGUUCUUUAAGCCUGUUCACCAAACAACCAACAAUUAUAAUCCUGCUGGACCCUUAUCUGCGUACUCUUUCAGUGCUGCUUCCUCAAUACACGCUGGUGGUACUGGCCUGAAUUCCUUCGGAAAGAAAGUCCUUUCCAAAAUACAAGAAGUGGUUGCUUCCACGCUGAUCGUAUUGGUCGAUUCUAAAAGCAAACAGGGAUGGAAAAGUUACUUGCUGAUAUUGAGCUUGUAUAUUUAUGCUUGGAUUGGUUCUCUUGUGAUUGGACUUGAAGGAGAAUAUAAUUUUGGACUCUAUGGUGCAUGGAUAUGGAGAGUAUUCAAUUAUUUGGUGAACUUUUCAAUGUAUUCAAUUCCAUAUGAAGCAGCCAUUGCAUUAUCAUCGAUAUGUAUCUUGCUUUCCCUUUCAGUGUUAUGUCUAUUUCUCUAUACUUUGAGAGUUUAUCAUAAGGCAGAUCGUUCCAUCAAGAGUGUUCAAUCAUUGAUGAGAGUAUUGGGAAUUAUCAUUUAUUUUGGACAUUUAGUGAUGACUUAUUUGAUGACUUCCUUCAUUGAUUGUAAUUAUUCAAGUUCAGUCACUUUUGAUGGUUUCAGUGAUCCUCAAAAAGUUUUGAAUCGAUUUCCUUAUUACAUGUGCUUCUCUUCGAGCAAUAUUGCAUUAAUUGUUUUGAAUUUUUUGGGAAUUAUUUGUUUAAUUCUGAGCACUAUAUUGUGUAGUUUUGUGUUGGGAAAUAGUCAUAUUCGAAGUGAGACACCUUUCAUUGUUGACAAUUCAUUAUUCAUUGGAAGUGUUUUGGUCAUUUCAGAGAUUCAAAUCACAUUGAAUGCAAUCAUUCCAAAUUCUCUCAUGUUUGUGAAGAGUAUUAUUCAUAUUCUUCUCUCAUUCACUCUCUUUAUCAUGCUCUUGUAUUUACUUCCAUAUUAUAGAAGAUUUGAAAAUUCAAUGAUUGGUGGUUUAUGUUUGGGAAAGACUUUCAUUUGUGUAUUUCCUUUAAUUUCAUUUCUUGUCAAUUCAAAGAAUGAAUGGGAAAUGGGCUUAGCAUUUGCAACUUCAUCCUUUGGAAUGUUCUUUAUUGGUUUCUUGAUUGGAUUUUUAAUUGUUGAAAUUUAUACAAGAGUUGUUUACAAGUUGACAAGAUUCACAAUCAUGCAAGAAGCCAUUGCACUUUUCAAAGAUAUGGAAGAGAGAAAACAAAUUAGAAAUUUGGAAUUAUUUCUUAAAUUUUGCAUGCUUUCAGGAAAUGAAGGAAAUGAUGAUACAUUUGGAUUUUCAGAUAAGGAUAUGGCUAUUUGUAUGAUCAAAUCAGUCUCUCAACACAAAAGAUUUCAACACAAAAAUCUUCUCGUUUCAUCAAGUUUAUUAUGUGCUUACUUUUGGGAUAUGGAUCGUCAAGUGACUUUUCAAAAACCACCAAAAUCUUAUUGCAUUUCCUCUCUUGAAUAUUCUCAAACACUUUUGAAAAGAGUGAAGAAUGAAAAGAUGGCAUUAUUAUUGAGUUUCAUGUUGAAAGAAAAAUUGAAACAAAUUCAAGAUUCUCUUCGAAGAGAGAAAGGUGACUCAAAAGAUUUUUCAACUUUAUUGGACAUGUCUGAAAUGUUGAAUCGACUUGAAAAAGAUACUCAAACCAUUGUUCAAUGUAGAAAAUUGGUUUGGAAAGAGUUGAUGAAUGACACUGUGAAUGAAAAUCGAGUGUUAGAAAUUAAUAGAGCUGCAUCCACUCUCAUCAUUGAAUGUGAAGAAACUUUUGAAAAUUUAAUGAAACUCUUCUCUGAAGAUAAGAGUGUGUUGAGAUUGUAUGCCAGAUUCAAUGAAGAGGUUCUCUUCAACACUGAGAAAGCUUCUGAACUCUAUCAAGAUGCUCAAAGUAUUGAGGAGGAAGACUCCAAAAGAAGUCAUGACAAACCAAGUAUUGUAUCCUUGGUUAAGCACUCAACAGGGCUGUUGCGAGCUAGUGCUGGUUCUAUGUUAUUGGAAAGCAUUACACGAAAUAUUGGCAAUAGAAUAACGCCCCUAUCUCAAACAGCUAACAAUGCUGGUAGCGUUAGCAAUAACAUUCACCUGUCCAGCCUCAAAGGUGGGUCUAAAGAACUUGUUGAGGAUUCCAAUCAGCUUGAUUUGACCGAAGCUGGAGAGAGCCCUGAGAUGAAAAAGGAGGCAAUGUAUAAGUCAACGAUUGCAACAGCUGAAGGCAAUCUUCUUCCUUUUUUUAUCAUUCUGACAUUUGGUACAAUACUUGGCGUGUUAUUUCUAGCUAAGGUUGUGUUGGCCCUUGUGACACUGAAUACAGCCACGAGAGAUUUGAACACAAUUCAAAAAGCAUGCGCUCCAUCAGCUCGAUCUCUUGCCAUUAUUUCUGACUUGAGGGUCCAUCAAAUUGUGACAUCCCUCUUUGGAACAUAUACCACAUUUCCUGUAUCCCUAUCAUCGCAGGGAAUUAACAAUAUGAGUGACUACGAUAAGAUUUAUCAAGAAAGAAUUUCUUUAGCUUUAACAACCUUUAAUAAUCUUCAGUCAAUAGCCAUGGAUGGAAAAUUAGACUCUCACAUGUCAAUUCAGUAUUCUAAUGACUCAUUCCUGGUAUAUUAUCCAGAAAUUCCACAUCAAAACUUUUAUGGCCAAUAUCUCCAUCCUCGCCCAAGGAAUGUCAGUAUUUCUACUCUUACUAAUUCCUUUUUACAACACGCAGUGACACUGAAGUCUCUGAAAGGAGAUGAUUUUAAUAGGACUUUACUCACAGACUUUCUUUUGAUGUAUAUGUGGCACAAUCGAGAUACUUUAUCGAAGAACUUUGCUACAUUUUGUGACCAAAUAUCCGAGGUUGUGAAUGAUACUGUGACCACUUAUCAAAGAAGUUUUGUCUAUUACUGUAUUGCAUCUCUCAUUACAGGUUGCAUCCUUUGCCUUGGUAUUGCUUCGCUUCAAGUUUAUUUUUCAUUCAAACUAAGAAAAAUUGUUAAACUUUUCGAAAAAUCGAUUCCAAAAGAAGCCAUUGGAAAGAUUUAUCAUGCAAUCAAAGCAAAUGAGCAAGAAUCAAAUGUUAACAAUGGAAUGUGGCAAAAUCCCAUGUUGAGAAACGCAGUUUUAGUGAUUCUGCUUACAGCUAUAUUUUUGUGUUGUUCCAUUCCUAUUUUAUACAUUACCAUCUCCACAACAAAUAAUGCAAACAACAUUAUCGAAAACAUGCAGGGUUCGGUAAGGGUGGCCGCAUCAGCCCAAAUAACAUCACUACAUAUUGGAGAGAUUUAUGCUUUUGGAAUUUUAAGACCCAAUACAUAUGCUAUGAAUUCUGAUCUGUUACUGAGUCAGGAAGAAACUCAAAGCUAUCAUGAAGGUAUUGAUACUUUAACAAAAACUCUAGAAAGUAAUUGGGAUCGCUUAAUUUUUGGUAGUGCGGGCAGCCCUUCUCUUGUUGGAAAAUAUUUGGAAAUAGAUGCUCUUCUCAAAGGUCGAAAUUGUACUCAGCUCAAUAUUACGUCAACUACGACCUGCUCUGGCCUGAAUGACUUGGUUCACAGCUUUCUCUUGAAAUCCAUUGAAAUUAAUGAAAUCUAUGCCGCCGUUCAAAAAGAUGUUACCAAAGUAUUCGAUCAAUUUUUUACAGGAGUAUAUCAAGCUUGUAAUAAGCUGACAGAUGGAAUGCUGAAUUUUAUGGAGGUUUAUGUUGCAAGUGUACAGAGGGAUGAUAGUCAAACUUGGACAAUUAUUAUUGGUGUUAUUGGGCUGGUGUUUCUUCCAAUUAUUAUUAACAUGUAUGUGAGAGGAACCUCAAAACAUUUUUCAGAAAUGCAAUGUUUGAGAAUGAUGUUGAAUUACGUCAAGGUUGAAAACAUUGAUGCAAAAGAACCACUCCGGAAUUAUAUUCUCUUCCAUCAGCUUGAAUGGAUCAAACAGAGAAAGUCAUCAAGGAGAGAAGAUGACGACAAGGUUCGAAAUGUUCUCAAUGCGACUGUGGAUGGAGCUCUUUUGUGCAAUCAAGAAUUUGAAGUGGAUAUUUACAAUCCAUCUGCACAGAGAAUGUUUGGAAAGAAUAUGAAUGAAGUGGUGGGUCUUCCUCUCUGGAAUUUAUUUGGACAAGAGAAUAAGGAAAGAAUUCAAACAUCAUUGCAACAUUUGAAAACAAACACAGGAAGUAUUGCAAGUGGUGAAACGCUGGAGAUUGAUUGUGUGAGAAAGAAUGGAACUCGAUUCCCAGCGAAAUUGAACAUUUCAUGGACCACUUUUGAUGGAAAGGCAGUCUUUGUAUGUUUCAUCAAAGAUAUCACAACAGAGAAGAAACAAAAUUCUCUUCUUGCUGAAGAAAAGAAGACUUCAGAAAAUUUAUUGAGAAAUAUUUUACCUGAAUCAGUGGCGAAAAAAUUGAAAAAUGGAGAGACAUUUAUUGCAGAAAAACUUCCUGAUAUUACUUGCUUCUUUUCUGAUAUGGUUGGAUUCACAAAACUUUCAAGCAGCAUGAAUGCACAUCAAGUGGUGAAAAUGUUGGGUGAUAUUGUGAAUGGAUUUGAUUCAUUGACUGACAAGUAUGAAUUGGAAAAAAUCAAAACCAUUGGAGAUGCUUAUUUCUGUGUUGGAGGAUUACAUCAAGCAAGUGAUCAUGCAGAACGUGUUUUGAGAUUUGCAAUAGAAACCUUCAGAGUGGUGAGAAAUUACAAUCAAAAAAUGAUUUUGGAAAAAUUUUCAACAACAGGAAAUGAUUCAACCACAUUGCCAACGAAUAAUAUGAAUACUACAUUCAUGACACCAUCCAAUAGUACAAACAAUUUAAUACCCUCAUCCAUAUCCUCAUCAUCCAUUGUUUCCCUCAAUAUUGAUCAGAUUCAUCAAGUGGAUAUUCGAGUUGGACUCAAUACUGGUGCUGUGGUUGCAGGUGUGAUUGGCACUAAAAAAUUUGCUUAUGAUUUGUGGGGAGACACAAUUAAUGUUGCUUCCAGAAUGGAAUCCACUUCAUUGCCUGGAAGAAUUCAAAUUUCACGUUCCACCUAUGAAAGAGUUCAUGAUUUGGAUUUGCAAUUUGAAGAACGAAAAAUAGAAGUGAAAGGAAAAGGUGUCAUGCAAUCGUAUCUGUUGAGUGAAAAGGCACAUGAGAGAGCCGUGUUGACCACUGAAGAAAUUGAGGAAUUGUUAGAGACGAACCAUUAA